GUCGUGGCAGGAGCGAUGGCGGCGGCGGCGGCUUCCGUGCACCUGCAGCGCUGUGUGGUGUCGCCGGCUGGGAGGCACAGCGCCUCUCUCAUCUUCCUGCACGGCUCAGGUGAUUCUGGACAAGGACUGAGAACAUGGAUCAAGCAAGUUUUAAAUCAAGAUUUAACAUUCCAACACAUAAAAAUUAUUUAUCCAACAGCUCCUCCCAGACCGUAUACUCCUAUGAAAGGAGGAAUCUCAAAUGUGUGGUUUGACAGAUUUAAAAUAUCUAAUGACUGCCCAGAACACCUUGAAUCAAUUGAUGCAAUGUGUCAAGUGCUUACUGACUUGAUUGAUGAGGAGGUAAAAAGUGGCAUCAAGAAGAACAGGAUACUAGUAGGAGGAUUUUCUAUGGGAGGAUGCAUGGCAAUACAUUUAGCAUAUAGAAACCAUCAAGAUGUGGCAGGAGUAUUUGCUCUUUCUAGUUUUCUGAAUAAAGCAUCUGCUGUUUACCAGGCUCUUCAGAAAAGUGAUGGUGUACUUCCUGAAUUAUUUCAGUGUCAUGGUACUACAGAUGAGUUAAUUCUUCAUUCCUGGGGUGAAGAGACAAACUCAAUGUUAAAAUCUCUUGGAGUAAGCACAAAGUUCCAUAGUUUUCCAAAUGUUUACCAUGAGCUAAGCAAAACUGAGCUAGAACAACUGAAGACAUGGAUUCUUACAAAGCUGCCAGGAGAAAUGGAAAGGCAGAAUGAAUGAACCAGUAUUGAUUUGUUUAUCUGCACAUAAUUUCUGUGAAAAGUGAUUUUUAUUGCCAAAUUACAAUGAUAGUUAAAAUAUUAUGAAAUAUUUAUUGACUUACAUAUUUAUUAAUUAUUAAAAUGCUUGGCACGAGAGGGAAUAAUAUAAUCUUAUUAAGGUAACAAUUAUUUUUUAUUGAAACAUAAUUGAUGGUACAUAUCUAUGGGGUACAGCAUUGAAUAUCAAUUCCUGUGUGUAAUAUGUGAUGCUCAAGUUAGGUUAAUUACUAUAUUUAUCGUUAUACAAUGUAGUCACUAUUUUGUGGCCCUUUACCAGUUUCUAAGUUCUUUCAUGUUUUCUCAUUGCUACUUUAUAUAUUU